CCGGUACAGGUAAAACUGUGGUGCUGCUGCUGAUGGCCAUACAGUGGCUGCGGUGUGGUCACCACGUCUACGUUGUCAGUACUUGGUGGGGGAGUCGUGCAGCGUGCAGCAUGUUGUAUCACCUGCUGCUGCAGGACAUUGCAAACAAGCAGCACACAGCAGAUGUAUCACCCGGUCAGCCUCAUCUCCUGCUGUAUGACUUUGAAUUCGAUGAAGACGUGGAGCAAGCUGUCAACGACUUGUCACGAACGGCAAAAGAAAAUUUGUUAUACAUCAUCGCUGAUGAGACAAUCCCUGGGUUCGGGUCGAAAUCAAGUUUCCAUGAUUUAUGUAACAAACUGUUGACAAAAGUUCCUGAUCUCCACCUCUGGGCUGCAAACUGUUACCACGAAGAUGCCCCCGAUGGUUGGCAAGUGGAAUAUUUAACCAGACCCCUCCGCUCUCCACCGACCGUCGUCAGGGAAGUCGAGCAGGACGAUGAAAUCACCAAACUUCGUCGUGUCCACCCGUACAGUAAGCGAGGUGUAUCCGACCACACAGACGGCCCGCCAGUCACACGACUGUGUCAUGGAGGUCAGGGUCACUCAGGUGACCUGCCAGUUGACUGUGUCACGUGCGGUCGUGAGUUGGCCAGCCUCCUACACAGUCUCCGAGUCACCUCUACAGAGAACGUCAGGACAACAUCUACUACACUUACCCACACCAGCGGCGGUGCACGACCACCCUGUGUGCAGUGGAGAGACGUGCUGCUGCUGUACUGGCGAGUUCUUAGCGACAGUUCACACAUGAUGACGGCGCUGAGAGAAGCGGGUAUCCCAGUGCUGGUGAUGAAGGAUGACGACAUCGACGACGUGGCCACGGCCCGCAGUGACGUGGUGUGGGUGGCAGAGGGAGAUCGAGUUCGUGGUCUGGAGAGAAAAAUCGUCGUGUAUCUAGGGAGGGUUGAUAAUGUUGAUGCCCGACUUCAGGUCAUUUCACGAUGUACAUCACAACUUGUAAUUUACGAAACUCAAGAUGAGUCUUGACCUUCAACAUUAAUAUAAUUCCAUUCCGGAAAUUGUCCUAGACUGUAGGCAAAGGGAGAGAAGUUACUAGAGUUGUCUUACUUGAGUUCAGUCUCUCAAUAGCAGGCUGAUAGCUGACUACUGGCUACGUGUGUGUGUGUGUCCCAUGGUAUGUUCGAAUUUUUUAGACCAGUUCAGCGAAGAUAUCUCAUUCAGUUUUACAACAACAUUUAUUUUGCUUUUCACACACGAAGAUCGUUGUCGCGACUGUCACGUGUCGCCGGCUGCAGGGGAGGUGGAGGUGCAGGGGCCAGGAGGGGGGCCGGCGGUUAGUGCAGGUAGUUACUAAUUUAUUGUGUUUGGAGGAGAGGGCUGGCGUGUCGUGCAUCUCUCGGCGGAGACAGUUGAGUAGGUAACAGACCCGCUCUGUAGUAUUCGCCACAAUCGUGAUAAUCGACAUGUUCAACACAUCGUCACUGCAACACUUCCUUACAGAGUAUUGACAAGACCUCAAGAGGAUAACAUGUGUGACCUUGCGCCUGUCUAUCUACAAGAACUCAUUCGCUGUUACCAACCCCAGCGGAACCUUCGUUCAGCAGCACACUUCAGACUUGAACGACCGAGUGUUCAGUCAGGGAAUGCUAAUAA